GACAGUAACAGCUAACGUGCGCUCUCUCCCUCCCGUCGCCUUCUCGUCAUCUCUGCACCUGCACCUGCAACUGCAACUGCAAGCUCCUCCUCAUUUUCGAUUUCUCUGGACUCUCUCUCUCUCUCUAGCCUUCCAGCCAGGUUGACGAGCGAGCUCUAUGAAGUUGGCUGAAGAUUGAGAGCAAUGUUCAGGUUUCACAAGCAGAGGUCCGAUAAAUUGGGAGAGAGAUUCGAUUUCCAGCUGUCUGACCUUCAGGCUCUUCAGGUACCAAAAGGAUGGGACAAACUUUUUUUGUCCAUUAUCUCAUUGGACACUGGAAAAACCAUAAGAAGGUUGGAAAAAGCGCCAGUUUGGAAUGGAAAUUGUCAAUGGUCAGAGACCAUAUCAGAAUCAAUCUGGAUAUCAAAGUAUGAUGGCCCAAAAGAUGUUGAAGGAUGCCUGUUUAAGUUUGUUGUCACAAUGGGAUCAUCUAGAUCCGGUAUCCUUGGAGAGGCGUCCGUCAAUCUGGCAAACUAUAUUAGCUCAAAAGCUUCUGUUCCUGUUUCGUUACAGCUGAAGAAAUGCAAUCAAGGAACGAUUUUACAAAUGAAAAUACAUUGCUUAACUCCAAAGACAAGGGAUGACUGGAAAGAUUCAAAUUCAUUACUUGAUGAGGCAAGCAUUGACUAUGACGAUGUGGAAAACAAUUCCGAUGUAUCUGACAGUAUUUUCGUCCGUAGUGCUGGAUCUUCAUCUAGUAAUUAUAUGGAUAGUCCAUCUCAUCCAGAAAAAAAUGGAAAAAAGGGAACAACGUUCUCACAAUCAGGUUUGCGUCAAAGCUUCGACUCUUUGGAGGAGUCCUUUGGCAGGAAAGAUUUGUCCCCCAGUAGCCAUCUAAUUGGGUUUACUAACAGUUUUAUUGGACGGCAGGAUUCAGCUGGAUCUAAUACUGGUUCUCCUUAUGGCUCCAACUCCUGUGAUACUCCUGCCAAAUCAAACAACUCCUCAUUCAAUUCAAAUGUCCGGAGAUCAGGACGUUCUUCGGAAAAGGAAAACGGAGAGUUUCGUCGAUUUUCACAGCCCUCCAUGUCACCCUUGCGUAGUGGGGGUUCAUCCAAAGAGCUGCUGGAAGCUGUAGAAGUCACAGUAGAGGAACUUAGGGCAGAAGCUAGGAUGUGGGAGAAAAAUGCCCGAAAGCUGAUGGUUGACAUUGAAAAUUUGCAAAGGGAGUUAUUGAACCGGUCUGAGCACCAAGAAACUCUUAAGUUGAAACUUUCUGCAUCAAACACAGAGUGCCACAGCCUAAAGCAGGAAAUAGAGCGGCAAAAAAUUCUGCUAGAAGAUUUGAUGAUGAAACAAACAGCAAUGGACAGUUUGCAGUUGCGAGAAAAAGGUGCGGACAAUUCUCGGAAAGAGCUGGAAGAAGAAAUGAAGUUCCAAAAGGAGACAAAUGCCAAUUUGGCUUUACAACUAAAGAAAACUCAAGAAUCAAAUAUUGAGCUUGUUUCUAUCCUUCAGGAAAUGGAAGAUACCAUAGAGAAACAGAAAAUGGAAAUUUCUGAUCUUUUAUCUGCAAAAUCAACUGCGCAACCGAUUACUGAUGUGUUUCCACGUUUUCAUCCGGAUGACAACAAAAGUUUUAACCUCUCGCAACCAAGAUUUAUGGAGAAACAGAAAUUGGAAAGUGCCAUGAAAUUUCUGCAGCCCAUGUUGAAGGAGAAAGGAGAUAGCGAGAUUGACCAAGAUUGCAAGACCAAAACAAUGGUUGAAUGUGAGGCAGAAUGGAGAGAUAAAUCGACUCUGAAUGAGGUGGAGAUCGUAAGCAUUGAAGAAAUGUCACCUGAAGCAAUUGAUUCUCAAGUCUUUGAGGAAGUUAAUUGUGAAGAUGCAAGCGAUACCAAUCUGAGAAAGGAAAUUCAAUCUUUAAAGUUGAAGGUGAAGGAGCUUGAGAAAGACUGCACUGAACUUACAGAUGAAAACCUGCAGCUAAUAUUUAAGCUCAAAGAUUUGCACCCUCAGAACAUGGCUGCUCCUUCAAAUAUUGUCCCAAAUGACAGUAAAGAAAUCGAAAGAUGUCAGUCAGAAAUAACCAGACUGAAUUCAAAAGUAUCCGAGCUUCAGGCGGAACUAAAGGAGAAGGAAAUUCUUUUUGAAGAAUUAUCUUAUGAACAUAGGGGGUGCAUUUAUUUCCAGGAUAAAUGUGCUGACCUGGAGUUGCAGUUGCAGUCUCUCAAAGAUAAAGGUUCUCUUUUUGAUGUUGAACCAUGCAAAGGUUGCACACGAGCAGAAGACAAGGAAAUUGAGAUUGUCACAUUGCAUCAGCAGGUGGAGCAUUAUCAAGAACAGCUUCAGCUUUCAGCAAUCACUGCAAAGCAGCUGCAGGAACGAUAUGCUCUUUGUUUGCCUCAAAAUGUUGUAGGUAAUUAUGCUAUAGGUUAUCUAGACAUGCUACAGAGUGCAUAUAGUGGUGACCUAAAAAAACAAGAUCAUGAUAUGCUGAACAAGCUUGUACAUUUAAAAAAAUUAAUCAAAGUACGAAUUGGAGUCUCCAAGGAUGUAGAGUCAGAAAAAGAAGACUCCAGGACAAGAACCAUGAGUGGAGAUGGAGCCAGGGAAGAUCUUCCUCUCUACGACUUGAAAGAAGACACUGUCUCGAAUCUUGAUGAGGAGCUCAGCGCUCUUCACAUUGAACUGGAAUCAAGACUUAUAGAUUUGAGUGAGGAGAUGCUGAAAAACUUUUUUGAGAUGGACAAGUUGAAGGCAGACAACUUACUCAAGACAGAAGAGGUCAAGAUUCUACAGCAUCUACAAAAGGAGUUGGAGACUCGGUUAUGUAAUUUUGAGCAGCAAAAUUCAAAGGUGGAUGAUAACAUGAAAGUUCUUGAAAGAGGUAGUGAUAGCAACUGCAGCUUUUGUUCUUUGCAUGAAGACAAGAUAGUUCAUGCUAGCAGCAUGGGUCCACAGGUUUCAGCUGACAAAGUUGCUGGAAAAUUGUCAGAGUUAGAGAGUGAAAAAAAUGAACUUGAAAUUCAUUUAUCAGAACUAGAAGAAGAAAACAUAAGGCUAUCUGAAAGGAUAUGUGGCCUGGAAGCUCAACUUCAAUAUUUGACUGAUGAAAGGGAGUCAAGCCGUCUGGCAAUACAGUUUUCUGAAUCUCAAUCAUCAAAUUUCCGGAGUGACAUAAAAAAAUUGGAAAUUGAGAUGGAAGCACAGAAGGUUACUACGAAACAAAGGGUACAAGAAAUUCAUAAGCAGUUACAGGAAGCUCAAGAAGAGUGUAGGUAUCUAAAAGUUGCAAAUAUGAAAAUGCAGGCUACUGCCGAAAAUCUUAUCGAGGAAUGUAGUUCGCUUCAGAAAUUAAAUGGAGAAUUGAGAAAGCAGAACAUAGAGUUGCAUGAGCACAUUAGUUUCUUGGAAGCAGAACUUAGCGAAUCCAAUGAGGCCUUUUCUCAUCUUUCAAAUGAAAUUGAAGUUUUAGAAGAAAAGUUUGAUUCCUUGCUGGAAGAAAGCGCCUUGAAAGAGAAAGCUCUAAAUUCAGAACUCAAUGCACUUCUUCUUGAAAACAGGAGACUGGAUAACAUUUUUAUUCAGGAAGCCAGAACAGAUGCUGUUAAGCAUUCUGAAGAGGAAACUGGACAUCCAGAAAGUGUGGUUAAUAACAUCCAGUUGGAAGACGAAGCAAAGGUACUAGGCCUUAUUGAGGAGCUAGCAUCUUCCAAGCAGAACCAGGAAGUUUUGAUGGCUGACCAUCUAAAGCUGAUAACUUUGCUUGAAGAUGUAAAAUCUAAUGAAAGCAAACUGAGAAUUGCUGCUAGAAGACUCGCGAUGAAACUAAAAGCUUCUGAGUAUGAGAGAGUGCAGCUCGUGGAAGAGAUCUCUUGCCUUAAGGUUCAGCUACAGAAGAUUGAACUUCUUCAGAAUGAAGUUUUGGCUCUUAAGAGAACAAUCAGUGAGACCACAUUCGAAAAGGAAAGGCUGGAAACCUCACACCAUGUAUUACGGGCAGAUUUGGAAGAAAUGAAAGUGGAGAGAGGGUCAUUUGUCAAGAAGAUCUCGACUAUGCAGAAAGCUUUUUCUGAACUAGAAGAAUGCAAACGUGUUAAAGUUGCCCUUCAAGAAAGGAUCUUACGCCUUGAGGGAGAUUUAACUGCCAGAGAAGCUUUAUUUGCCCAGGAAGCUGAGCUGAAAAAUGAGGUUGCUCGGAUUAAGAGAUCUUAUAGCCAGCUCCAAAGGAGAAUGAAGUGCCUGGAAGAAGAGAAAGAAGAAUGCCAGAAGAGUGCUCGAGCGGAGCAGGAGCAGGUGAAACAUGCGAAGGAAGCAGGACAUGAUAGAUGCAAGCCUGGCAAUACGAGUGUUCUUCCUGUUAGCCUGGACGUGAGGCCACCACUUAAUUACCAGAUGAGUGAAAAGCGACAAAAGCAGUCACCUGCAGAAGCUAUUCAAAUGCAAUGCUUUCCAGAUGAUCAAGGGCAUCUAAAGGUAGAUCAACUCCAUGAAGAGAACAACAAACUCAGAAAGCACACAGAUGACCCAGAUCUAUCAUUGAAGAUCUCAUUUCUUCAGAAUGAGCUGGCUGAGGUUUUAGAGGCCAACGAUAUGUAUAAAAUGCAGCUUAAGAGUUUGUUGUCCACGAGAGCAAAUGAUCGCUCACAUAUGCCAAAAAGCAUGACAGAAGAUGUAUUGCUGGAGAUACAACCGGGGCAGGACAAAUCAUCACUUGAGGAAGAGUUGAUACAGUUACGGGAGAGCUACCUGCACAUGAGCCUCAGAUAUGCAGAGGCAGAGGCUCAGCGAGAGGAGCUCGUGAUGAAACUCAAGGCAAGAAAUGCUGAAACGAACUAAACCGGGAACGUGUUUUUGGGUGAAGUUUGUCCUCUCUCUGGAACCAUUUACUCCUAAUUUUGGAUCAAGUUUUGAUCUUUCACCUGGUUAACACAAUUUUUUCGCAUACAAGGAAACAAUUGAUGUAGUAUUUUUUCAGGAUAACAAAUAUCUACAUGUACAGGAACAGUGCAUUAGUAAGUAUUAGAAGAGAUUACAGGAGGUUUAGGGACAGUUUCUUUCUCUUGUUGUAAUUUGAGGUCCCACGAUAUAGGUAAGUUUGCAAAUUGCAAUUCAAUUGUAGCAUAACGCAAACUCCAUUCAUUCUCCGGAGCCAUGUUUUGGCAUGAUUGGAAUCACAUCAUUGUCAAUAUUUCCAGUA